AUGCUUGGGGGGUUCACCUCACUGGAAAACAUCCCCGCAUCGCUCAUGUCCACCAGCGGGGGGCAGCCUGUGUGUGACGGCUGGUUGUUCUAUAACUUUGCCUUCUUUGCUCCCUCCACCUCCUCGCGUCCACAGCAGCUUACCUCCUCCCCUGUCUCCUCCUCCCCACCUCCACCUCCUCAUGUCCACAGCAGCUCACCUACCCCCCGUCCCCUCCUCCUCACCUUCUCCUCCUCGCAUCCACAGCAGCUCAUCUCCUCCUCACCUACACCUCCUCCCCUGCCUCCUCCUCCUCCUCACCUCCUCCGUCUUGCAUCCACAGCAGCUCACCUCCACCUCCUCAUGUCCACAGCAACUCACCUACCCCCCGUCCCCUCCUCCUCACCUUCUCCUCCUCGCAUCCACAGCAGCUCAUCUCCUCCUCACCUACACCUCCUCCCCUGCCUCCUCCUCCUCCUCACCUCCUCCGUCUUGCAUCCACAGCAGCUCACCUCCGCCUCCUUGCGGCCACAGCAGCUCACCUCCUCCCCUGCCUCCUCCUCCUCCUCACCUCCUCCGUCUUGCAUCCACAGCAGCUCACCUCCACCUCCUCAUGUCCACAGCAACUCACCUACCCCCCGUCCCCUCCUCCUCACCUUCUCCUCCUCGCAUUCACAGCAGCUCAUCUCCUCCUCACCUACACCUCCUCCCCUGCCUCCUCCUCCUCCUCACCUCCUCCGUCUUGCAUCCACAGCAGCUCACCUCCGCCUCCUUGCAUCCACAGCAGCUCACCUCCUCCGUCUUGCAUCCACAGCAGCUCACCUCCUCCCCUGUUUCCUCCUCCCCACCUUCACCUCCACACACCCACAGCAUCAUACCUCCUCCCCUGUCUCCUCCUCCUCACCUCCUCCUCCUCGCGGCCACAGCAGCUCUCCCCCGCUUGUCUCCUUCACAUGA